AUGCCCCGACAUAAUUGCUGUCCUGCUGUUCAUUUCCUUGUGGCUUGUCCCAGGUCAACCGAACCCGACGCCUUCUUCCUUGAUGUCUUCUUCAACGCGCACCCAGUCCACCCUAACGCGUUAGCGGAUUCAAAAGAAAAACAACGCGCGCCAAAUGCCCUAGUCCCAACCGUUAUUGCUUAUGCUGGUGGUCAGGUCGACUUUACAGUCGACAUGGGCACAGAGUAUGCAACGCGGCUUAUGAUUGUCAAGGGGAGUUUUGAAGCCCUUUCUAUGGCAAUAUAUGGGGAAAUUGUCUCCGAGUCUCCUGCGGUGCAGAUAUACGAACCUAAACCAUUUGGCUCUUUGGAACCAGUACCUUUAUCCAGAAACAUCGAUCCCUCGAGUUCCUCGCAUCCAAUACAACUAGCGGAACAGUUGCUUUCCCUCAUUCCAGACUCGCCUUCUCUUCCACUCGUGGUGCGGCUGAUGUUCUGUCUCAAGCCAUCUGAUGACGACUGGGAUCAUCCAGACUUUCCGUAUCUUUAUGCAGAUUUGGGAGGGGACGAUGAAAGUUUUGACCUGGAAGGGAUUGUCCAAGCUAUCAGCAGGCCCAUACGAAACGAUACUUCGGAAGAAGUUUUAUCAGCGUUCGUCGACAGAAUUGUAGAUUUGAUUGGUCCCAAGGACAAUGACCAAUCCUAUCACGUCGCGAAACUUCUGAGCAUAGCGGCCCCACAACAUCCUCGCAUUGCGCAGGUUUUUUUGCGGCAUCUUGAAUUAGCAUCGAUAUUUGACGAGCAAACUUUGGAGGAAGCCACUGUACUUUGCUUACUGGAUGCCGUCUCAAACGUAGACAUCGCACAUCACUUCAGCAGUGACGACAAUCUCUUGAGAAUGCUACAGGGUGUCCAGAAUAGUCCCAGGGCAGACAAGCAUACACAAUCUGCGGUGCGCAAAUUGCUCUCUAGACUUCGUGGCUGGCAAAGCUUUGAAGACGCGCUUUCAAACACUCGAGGCAAUUUUGUUCAGUGUGCCAGCAUGCUCAGGGACAUUGGAACCGAUGAUCAGUCUUUGGGAAUAUGGCUUGAAUGUAUGAUGAUCCACGAAGAGCUUGUUACAAAAUUAGGCGAAAAUCCAGUUUUACCCAACUCUCAGUCACAUCCCCCUUUUUUGUUCCGUAAUCCAAUGCCAGCAGUUUCUCAUGAUGAGUUCAUUGUCUUUGUCAGGGCGUUCAUAGGAAUUUCCAGCGUCCUUGCAGUAUGGGCAUGGGCAGAUAGCAUUGGCCACGAUCUCUGUCGAGAACGAACAUUAUCAGUCUUGAACUUGUGGCAAGGAGUUGAUGGGUAUAGAGAGAUCUUAAAUCACCUUCUGCUUCUACGCCAGCUGACUCGUCGUUUGGGAUGGAUUACAACAGACAACGAUCCUCCUCGAAAGUCUGGAAUCCUUGCCGAGAGAAUUUUGUCAAAUCUUGCAAAUGAUCCCCAGGCUGUUUUACUCGAUGAUGUCAUCACAGCAAUUCUCAAUCUUGAGCCUCCCCUUUCUUUCAUUGCAGAGAAUGAACGUCUGGCGAUGCGAAAAAUAGCUUUCGUAGCUGAGGAUGGACUACCGGCUGCUGUGGAAGAAUUGGCGUUCUCGAGCGACCGUCCUUUUUCUCUUAGGAGGCUACGCACUCUCCGUGUCUCUCUGGCAAUCGUUGAACGCGAAUUGGUAGAGCCAAAGGGUGAAUGGCGUGUUUUAGAGAUCUUCUGGGACGAGCACAACCACGGAUUUGUACCUAGGCUUGUGGACAUACUCUUUGAUAUUGUCGACGAUCUAAAUCAACACUUCGCAAUUCAGCCGAUACCUCGCAUGAACCAAACACUUUCUGAUCAGCUGUUCCGCACAGCAGACGAUAUCCUUCGCUUAAUCACGCGUUUAAGCUCUUCGAUACCCCUUCCCAAUCGUGCUUUGUGUAGUUUGACGAUCUCCGUCGCCGAUCUCUUUGCGUGCACUGACGCGGCUGAUAUGAUAUUCAGUCAAACUUCCUCAGCUUGCAUGUCUGCCCAAGGAGGGAGACAAACGUGCCUUGACCUCAUGAGGAGUCUUUCGGGCCCAAUCAACUGCGUAGAGUCCGGAACUUUGAGUGCUCAGGUUAUCCUCCGCACGUUGCUUGUCCACGGGAACCACAGUGCUAAAAGAGACCCAGCCUACCAUCUCUCUCAGGUCUUCAGUUUGAUGGACCACAUUUUGCCUGACCCAAGAAACGAAGUAGAAGUCGACGGCCAAUCGUAUUGGAUCAUGUCAGUCAUCCCGAGUGUCCUUCCCGAGCUUAGGACUUUCUUCCGACUGCUGGACGCGGAGAACCGGGCACAUUUAGUUCGGAGACUGGUCAACCUUGAUGAGGGAGUCACGGGAGUAGGGGAAUGGUUAUUGCAAGAAGAAUUGAAAGCUGUGAUACAGAUACUUCAGACACUUCCAAAUUCAACCUACAGUGAGGAAUAUCGACUCAUUCUCCGACAUCAAGUUUCAACAUCACUACAAUUAUUGUUGGAAAUUGCUUCACCCCCUUCCAGCCUCUCGACGUGGUUCAAAACGUCACUUUCCUCCAAUGACACACUUUCCCAUCUCCUACAUUCCUAUCUUUCGCUACUUUUGGACCACCGCUUCUCCUCGCUACCUCUUACCAAAUUAAUCCACGUCCUUGCGAAAAAUGCCACCGAUUUCGAACCGGAUUUCCAAAUUACUAUUCUCCUGAGUCUCCUUCGCAGCUCGCAGAUAGAUCCAACGGCUCCAUACGCGGUUGAUUUUGUUGUGGAUAUUCUCAAAGGGUUGUCCUCGCACCCAGUAUCUUGUGACGAUUUAACAGUCGAAAUCGGGACUCUUUUCUCGACGUGCGCCGACCACACCUCGACCCUGGAAGCAGAGAAGGCCGAAAUUUUGCUUCAGAUUCUCGAAUGGUUACUAGAGCAAGGAAACUCAAGACUCACGACGCUGCGUGGGAUUACGCUUGAGGCGUUCAAUAGAUUGUGCGAUUACCUUGCCAGUAUACUGCCUGGCCGUGAGGCCGCUGUCCAAGAUGUUCAAUUAAGAGUGACCAUCGAUGAAGACGAGGUUUUCGCGUCCUCUAUGGUCGAAUUGCCUGACAGCUUAACUCUUUCACUCGAAGCAAUCGAGCGUCUCUUGCAACCCAAAGAUCUGACGCCUUCAACACCAAAAGGAACCAAAACACCCGAUAUUCUCGGUGUUGUCAUAUCUCCGCCAACUGCCCUCCUACGUUCGCCCGCUGCAACAGGGCUCACAAAGACCUACGCCAACAACGAUUUCCGUCAGUUGCGUCAAGUUGCGUCAGCAAGGCUGAAUACAAGUAGGCUUCCUAGUAUGCAUGUGGAUGUGGGUAUAAACGGUCAUUUCGACCUGUAA